UUUUAACAGCUUUUAAAAUAGCUAAAAUUAAUUGUUAUACUAAUAUUCUAAAGAAAACGGUUGUAAAUACACCACUACGACAAUGUGAUGUUUCUUCUACGAUUCCCCGGAACGGUCCAAAACCAUCUGUCCAAUAGGAGCAUCGGAUGAAAUUCAAGGUUGCACGACGAUUUGUUACAUGACCUGAGAAGUCGCCUGGUGGACCUUCGGCUGAAUUCACCUAACGCUGUAUGAAGUAAGAUGACCCAUUGUCCAACAUGUCUAAAGCAGCAGGACAAGUUUUCAGCAGUCUGACACGCGUGAUUCUCGGCAGAGGAAUAUGUUUUCAAAACGCAUCGACGUCCGUGAGCAGCAAGCUUCAAAGCGUGCGGACGCUGGCAGUGAGCUCUCAGAUGUUGACCAAGUCGAAGGCCCCCACAGAAGACGAGGAGGAGGUCAACAGUGAGCCCAUCAAGUUCUCCACCAGUAAGGCCAGCCACAGGACCUGGAAAGUUGACCGCUCCAUGGGCAGCCAGUAUGAGAGGCCUUGGUGGAAAGUAAUCCCCAUCAGCCUGUUUGGAACCGCUUUCCUAUUGUGGUGCGCCUUCAGAGAGGAAACAGACAUUGACGAACAGCUGGAGAAGCAGCUGUACGAGCAGUUCCCUAGUUUGGUCUCAGAUGAAGAGACUGAGGAUAAUAAAUGAUGCAUAGAUUCUGUACAUAACUAGUAUUUAUUCUGAAAUGUUCUUUAAUCUUUUGUGGAACAGAUUCUUUAGACGUCCACUGCCGCAAAGAUUGUUCUGCCAUGCAUUGUCUUGUUGAAAUUAAUAUGAAUUGAAAAUAAAAAGCUUUGGUUUCAGUACCAGACUGUCACCUUGAGGUUUACAGGUCCUUAAAUACACGCAGCAUUCCAAUAACUUGGCUUCAAUACUUCCAAAAUCGGAUACAACUGAGAUCGGGAUGACAGAUUACACACCAACCACUCAGUUUCUUUCAUAAUUGAGAGAGAUCAAGCCCGUCAUGGGGAAACAUGG